CGUGUCACAAGCAACCCGUUUGGAAUAAUGGCACCAAAAAUCCCGACACUAGGCCUGCUCUGCCUGUUGGCUUGUCUUUUAGGAAGUCAGACCGCCCAGGCCCAAGAUGACGUUUUCCAGGCUUGCAAUGAGACCAACAGCAUCCCAGUGGAUAUAGAUCUGUUCUCUGGCAUCUGGUGGGAGGUGGCCAGACAGCCUGCCGGAAUUGAUUUCUGCACCGAGGUGAAUGUUACGGUGGUUGAUCCCGACAAUGAUGUAGUCCGGAUCGAUACCACCUACGGAGUGUCGCCCGAUUAUCCGUGGGUGAAUCAAACCAUGAAUGCCACCAUCACCGUUAAUAACUCUACGGAUGGCUACAACUUCACCUACUGGAAUCCACCCAGCUACACUCCCUACACAGUGUUUAAGAUCCUUUACACCGACUACACCGAUGUGACCUUCAUUUGUGGCUACACAAAUCAGACUGAUAACUCGACAUCGUUUGGCAUUAUCCUCACCAGGGAUCGUACACCCACCACCGAUACUCUCAAUAAGCUGGAAAGUAAUGCCAGUAGCCAAUUUGUGAACUUCUUAAACGGCACCAUGGCAGUGAUAACUCAGGGUGAAACUUGCUAUGCCGCCGGAGCCAAUCCAUCCACAAUCAUCUCUUUGCUAUUGAUUGCCGUGGCCUUCGUUCUUGGACUCUGUGCUGAUCGUCUGAUAAUUUAAUUCAUUCUUCGAAAGGAACAACACACAACCUUUUUCAGGAAUACUAAUAACAAAAAAUCUUGUAAAAUUAAAAUAAAUUUCCUAUUGAUUUUUGUAAUUUUUGCAGUAAUAAAUAAAUGCUUACAUUUA